CCCAAUCUCUGAGGGUCCUAAAGGUGCAAUAUGCUGAAAUCACUGCCAUUUCCUGGUUGUUAAAACAGGUUAUGUAGAGAAUCAUAGUACCAUCUAAACUGCUGAAAUGUAUUCAAUAAACACAAUUGUAUUUUCAGCAGUUUAAUGGUAAUGACCGCAUAAAUGAUUUGUUGGGAAUCUAUUUAGAGGUGUAAUUUGUUUUUGGGAUAAACACCAAAUGAACUGUGGUAAACACAGGCUUAAGUCUUGUGUUCUGAGUAGCAUCAGUAAACAUUACGUAAUGAGCACAAGGGUGAAGGUAACCGGCUGCUAUCUCAGACAAAAGUAUACGAUCUGAGACUUACCUCGGACCUUAUGUUCAACUAUUCAAAAAGAUUUGUGAUUUCUUCGGGAUACCUGGACGACCCCGAAUUAACUCGUUUCGGGCGAGCAGUCUAGUGACAGAUUUAAAUCAAAUUUUAUUUGUCACACGGUUAGCAAAUGUUAAUGCGAAAUGCCGUAAUAACCAACAAGUAAUCUAACAAUGCCACAACUACUACCUUAUACACUCAAGUGUAAAGGGAUAAAGAAUAUGUACAUAAAGAUUUAUACAAAUUCUAUGUGCAUUUGGUCGGGUCUUCAGAAAACUUACAUGGCUGCUUUAAAGCUGUCAUUCUGAAAUGUUUGACCAUAGAGAUGAAGGGCAUAGCUCAGAUUCAAAUUAAAAUACGUUUUACCCUUAAAUUCAAUAUAACCUUGGGAGACGACAAUUGUCGUUAGACAUGUUUCACAUAAAGGCAACCUGGGGACCCGAGGUAAGCGAGACUCGGCAGUGUAACUUCCCUUUGAAUGAUGUUGCCACAGCAUAGUUCAAUGGCUGUACCAAAGCUGGUGGAUGAAGAUCUUACUCAAGCCGUUAACAUUGACGAAAAAUGGCCACAGUUCCGGGGGGGGGGGCGCGCCUAUAGACACGAGUGCGACAUCUGUGUGGUCUGCUUAGUUCAUUGACUAACGUUAAAUGAACCAACACAUAUUUGCGAGAUGGAUGUCUUGCUUCCUCUUCCGUAAUCUCUGGUACCGGUAGGAAUUCGUGUCCGCCAAGCCGGGUAAACGUCACUUCUCCGAGAAGAGCAAAAUACGGAUGCCGAACAGAACCGAAUGGAAUAACAAAACAGUAGUUGGUCCAGAAUCAGGUUGCCCUUGGAGAUGGGAGACUGAUCUGACAUAAUGUGAUUGGCCAGCCUGAGACUGAAGCGUCCCUGACUCCUCCCCCAGCGAUCUCUGUUUGUGUUUUCAGAUGUAGAACACCAAAUGCCUGCUGACGAGCAGUCUGGCCCCUCUGCUCAAGAUGCAGAGCAGGGUCAGACAGAUCCACAGAAGGAGAUGGACACUGUUCGCAGGGGGGAGAGGGAGGAGGAGCAGCCCGGGCCAUCCAGAGUUCCUCCCCCCAGACAGGGCUACUGCAGCUGCUGCCAGAUACUCUACAACAACGUGGAGCAGCACAUCCUAAGCCCCAGACACAGGGAGGUGGUUCAUAGUACUCACACCUACGUCCCCUCUGGAAGCCUGAUGGAGAGAUUCCUAUCAGACGUAAUCCAGCAUCACCCGCACCUCUACAACGACCCUCGCCCCACCCACGCUGACCUGCCAUCUCCGAGCAGCCCGCUGGUUCCCAGGGAGGAGCUAUUGGAUCUCUGCGCCAGCGACGAUGACGGGGCGUCGUUCGGAACCCGAGAGCACAUGCCCAGCUCUGACGACUCUUCCUGUCAGCUUGUUUACAUACAGGAAGCGGAUGUUGCCUCAGAAACAAGGACCAGCCAACCAGAAGAAGGUAGAGGGGGAAAGGCGGAGUCAGAGAGGUUAACCCCAAUUGCUCCAGACCAGGAUAUAAGACCAAGUUCUGGGGAAGGGACUCACUCACACACACCUUCCCCUGACUACUUACCAACACACCCCACAAGACCUUGUAGCCAGAAGCAAACCCCUCCUCCGGUACACCGGAAAGCACACAGGAAGACCAACCGGCGGAGAGAGAGAGGGAGCAACUCCUCCUCUUCCUCCAUCCAUCCUCCCCGCUCCCCCGCCUCUGCUACCCCAACAGACCAGAGAACCCAGGAAACACCAGAGAACCAGCCUCCCUACAAGCCGAGGGACCGGACCACAGACCCCAAGCCCCGGACGGUAAACACUGGCUGGGCCGCGUGGGCGGGGGUGCCCCCCUGGAGGCGGAGGGAGACCCAGAAGGAGCUGGCGUUCUCCGGUGACCACUCCGACCCUGAGGGGGACACAAUAGAGGAGGUGAUCCAGACACACUGCUACGGCCGCAGUCCCACACAACACCACCAGAGGGACCACAACAUAUGGACAGGGGGGGAGAGAGGGGAGGCAAGGGGGGAUACGGACAGCUUCCACCUUAGCCUCCCUGGCUCACUGGGAGUGAGUUCGGGGUCGGAGGACUGGGAUAGCCCUGUGCAGGUGGCUAUCGGGAGGGGGCAGGAGCGGAGGAAGGACAUCCCUGUGGUAGUGGGCUUAAGGCAGGGUGGAGGGGAGCGGGAGGGCAGGGCCCUGGCCUGUCUCAUGGAGGUACAGGUGAACAUGGAGGACCAGAUGUACACCAGCCAGCUGGAUUCUGCCCUCAACCCUGAGACUAGGACAGCGGGGGAGACAGAGGGAGAAAUGGAACGAACAGUGGAGGAGAUUCUCCCUGCACUCCCCCACAUCCCCGUGUCCUUCCUGGGGAAGACGUGGACCCAGGUGCUGCUGGAGGACGAGCAGAAGGUGGAGAACAUGGUCCGAGAGUUCCGACAAGGAAGGUUCCUCUGCUACUUCAAAAGCGAAUCCCUCGCCAGGCACGGGAAGUGGAGCAGCAGAGAUAUGGGGCGUGGCCAGAAGGAGGGGAUGGAAGACGGGGGGUGGGUUCCCCUUGGUGACCAUGACAAUGAAGAUGACAACCCAGAAUGCCACAUGAGGGGGAGGGAGGUGCUUAGGCGGAGGAAAGUUAGUAGGAGUUAUCGCCUGGCGUCCAGGUGUCAGGUGGUCAAAGUGAGUCACGGGACACAGACUACAGCAGCCAUCAUCCCCACUAUCCGACAGAGAACACUGGACCAGACAGGCACAUCCCCGGACAUCCUAACGCUGCCCUGUCAGGACCCCGGUGUUGACCAGGAGAAGACCCCAGAGAUGAAGACAAGGCUGUGCUCUCUCCGCCUGCCUGUCUCCUACUCCCGCAUCAUGACCCCCCUGCAGCCCCAAACCACUCUGAUCUAUGUCCUCUCCUCCCCCGAAACCCCUCCCUUUGACCCCAAGCCCCGCCUCAGACCCAUCGCCAGGGGCAACCGCGGCAGGAAAAGGUCAUGUGACGGGUGUGAAGGCAACGUGGGGGCCAAGGUCAAAUACAAAAGGGUUCCUUUGAGGUACUAUGACCCUGCCACCCACCGCAUUCUAAAGACCCCCCCCAAGGGCUUGAACCUCACCCCCUCCUCCUCUGGCCUCCCCAGACCCCCCCAGUCCCACGUGGUCAGACAACUGUUCAGGAGCCUGAGUCCAGACAUCAAUUCAGAGAGACAGGGGGGAGAGGGAGGGAGAGAUGGGUCGGGGGGUAGGAGGAGGGGUCGCAGCGGGGACAGUGUGGCGUCAGGGUCACUCUUAGAGGCAGGGGGGUCAUUUGGGGCUGGAACGUCGGGAACGUCGGAGGCAGGGUCAUCUGUGACUACGCCCUUCAGCCGCUCCUCUCUGUCCAAUAGCAGCCGAUUUCUACUGAGCACGCUCUCUCCCGACACAAACUCUAACCCAGAAGUGGCCCGGCAGCGGAGGCGGAGAGGAGGAGGACGGGAACGGAAGUUAAAGACGGACCGACCUCUAACCCCUGAGAAAGACCCCUCUUCUCCGUACAGGCCUUGGACAAGAGGGGGUAGGGGAGAACGGCAACCAGCAAGACGCAGCUCAAAAAGGGGGCGACCACCUCAAAUCAGCCCUCCACCUAAACCUCCACCACCCCAGGACCUCUCUCCCACAGUCGACCCCAGGAAAGGGCCCUCGCGACGGGUUGCAGAGAGUAAGAAACUCCCAAGGCCCAGAAGCCCAGCCAGGGGGGUCACUUCGACCCCUCUGAAACAGGCCAUCAGAACACCAAGCCGCCGGUCGUCCCCCCGACAAACCCCUGCUCCACUGCCCACCCGGACACUGAGGAGGAGAGUGAGGAGAUGACGGGAUGCAUCUCAACAGUCUACAGCGGCUUCCUUUCCUUGUCUCCUUUCCUCCAGCCGCACUGACAUGAAAUAAGAUGGCCGUGUUUAGCAGGGUGAAUGUUCAUAAUGUAGCAGAUACAAAUGUCACUACUUCACAUGAUAAGAGCUAUGUCUGCGCCACUUCAUUACAAUUCUACCUGAAACGUUGACUGUUUCCACAUUGCUUUCUCCGGUCCUGCUUUCAGUGCAGAUGAAGGAGAGGAGACAAGGAGCAUCUAUUGAGAUGUACCCUGGCUCUCUGAAGAGAUGGGGUGAGAAAGAAUGUAGAGAAGUGGAGGAGAGAUUGCCUCUUCCUCUCCUCUGCUUCCCAUCCUUCUCUCAUACGGUCAUGUUUUGCACAGAAACCAGCAGCAGAAUAGUUAGCAGGAUGUUUUUCAAGCUGUCUGUAUUGACAUGGUGGUUGUUGGGUUCUCAGUUUUAUUUUUUACAAUCAGGAUAUUUUUUUACGUUUAUAAGGACUUUGUCAAAAGCUUGUUUAUUUAAUAAAUAAUGCACAUGAAUUAAA